CAGGUGCCAGCUCGCCUUGGGGCCCAGCGGCGAUUUGGCCUUUUUUUUUUUUUCUCUCCUUCAUUCAGACACUUGUUUGGACGUCGGGGAGGUGGUGGGCAUCGUGAUCGGCAGCUUGCUGCUGCUGCUCAUCCUGGUGCUGCUCAUCGUGCUGCUGGUGUGUCUCGUGCUCAGGAGACGCUCGCGACAAAGGCAGGGAGAAGCCGUCACGGUCCAGAAGAACCGCACAAAUCCGCGGCCUCAACCUGCAGAUCCCCGCACCGCCCUCACAAGGGAUCUGGCCCAAGGUCCCGACGCCCCCGUCUUUCGAUCCAACCCCCAGCGUCAGACGCCCCCCGACCUGCGGGCACCGCCGCCGCGAGCCCUCGUCGAGGCGACGCGCAACGCAGCCUCCUACCCGCUUCACGGCAUUGACAACCCGGCUUUCGCGCGGGGCGACGCGCAGCCGACCGAUUCAAACAUUGUCAUCCGAACCGGUGCCGCCGAAGGCAACGGCCGGCCGGCGGGAGUCCGGCUGAGCCUGACGCAAGGUUCCCGGCAGAACGCGCAGAUGCCCACCAUUCACGUCAACCUCAACUCCUUCCCUCAGCAGGAAGCCGCUCACGCCGCUCCUCAAGUCGUGGAGGCGGGGCGGUCAAAUCCCAGGAUGCAAGGCGGGCCAGCCCCCCGAGGUGCGGUGGCGAGUCUUGGGGCUCAGCCUGGGCUCAUCCCGACAGGAAACGCGCACGCCCGCACCGCUCAGCGCGAUGCCAAGACGCAGACUUACCAACAAGAAGUCGGCGCCACAUCCUCCCGUCAGCAGAUGCCGUGGGAUCUCCUGAGGGGGACGCCGGCGUAUCCCGGCGGGACCCUUCAGAGGGGACCGACCUCAGAAACUACAGACUACACCAACCGACCACCUUUGCGAGCAAGUCAAACGCAGCCGCGAGGUGGAAAUCCUUUUCGGGAAGACGCAGCCCCCGCGGCUCGGGAAGGCCGGGCGAGGAGCCACUCGGCUGACUUUUGGGACUCGCGCGCUCUGAGGGUGCCGCGGCUUGAGCCCGCCGGCCACUCGCACAGAAGCGACCCGACGCAAAGGGGGAGAGGCGGGCAAGACUCGAGGGUCGUGGCUGCUAUCCAACCCGCUUCCAGUCGGGAAACCGCGCGGAGCGGCAACCCUUUCGUAAGCCAGGAGACCGCUUUCACACCAAGUCACCCAUUUAGCCCGGAUGACCGAGCUCUCGCCGAUCCGAACCACCUCCUCCAAACGCAGGCGGCCCAGCGGCAGAGGGCGGCGCCGGCCCAGGCGCAAAGCCAAGCGGCUCAAACCCGAGGCGGCGGCCGACCUCGCCAAGCGGCCGCCGUCUCGGACCGACGACAACCGAGUGCUCUUACCCAGGUGGCGCUUCAAUCCCACACCGAGAGUGCCCGGACCUUCCAGAACCGAAGAGAACAAACCCAAGCAGCCCUGCUUCACCCCGGAUCCCGGGCUCAAGCGACCUCCGCCCCUGCGGGACCGCGAGCGCCGACCCCUCCGCCCGUUAUCCCGCUCAGUCGGUUCCGGAGCCUUCCCAGGACCAGCGCCCAUCACAAAUCCGAUCAGCACCGCUCGGGGCAUGCCGGGCAUGGCCAGCAGCCGACAAAAGCGGCCACGCGCGGCCACGCUCACACCCGAGGCCACGCCGGCCACGGCCGUCCCCAUCACGGGCACGCCGCCCACCCACAGCAGCGUCAGACUCACCGAGGGAGGCCGAGGUGAUGACGGACGUCGGCGGACGACUUGCACUCGGCCUCGUCUCCCCGCUCAGAUGAGCAGCUGACAAAUGUGAGUUGGGCAAAAAAGGCCCAAACCGCAACCGCCGCCGCGACAAAGCUUCUCAUCGCAUUUUCCAAGAUUCUCCUUCAAGCAGACGAGUUCAGUGAGCAAAGCUCGACGACUGUCGUGAUCCAUCAUUUAGAUACGAGCACUGCGGUGCAGUGGCUAGCCUCGGCAUUCCACUUACUGUGGAAUGGACUGCGAGGCUCCGCCUGUCGGAACAUCAAAAAAAAAAAAAGGCGGAUACUUUUUCAAGUGUUUUUACGGCGUCUUUUGCGGAAAUGCCUUUCUCCUGCUUUCUGGUUGGCCGAAACAGCCGAGCAGAGGUUGCAUGAUCCCCCCACUUUUUCAAAGGGAUUCGCCAAUGUUCGUUUUUUUUUCUUUUUUUCUCGCUUGAUUGGCUAAAACGGUCGGAUGUUCUCUUUUCUCACCUGACCCUUGUUGUGCUUGCGCCUUUUCUUCUGGUGUCCGAUUGGCUAAAAGGGGCCCGGGUUGUGCUUAUUGCCCCAAAUGUUGAUUUUUUAUUUUUAUUUUUUUAAGAUUGUUUUUGGAAUGGUUUUGUGUUUACCGUCAUGUUAUUUUCAAGUGUUUUUAACGAGUGUCUUGACGGGUCUGGCUUGGCCUUUCCUCAAGUCACCGAAACUAGCCUGUUCCUGGUAAUAGCUACAUCUGGCGGACCCCCCCUCUCCCCACCCCAUUUUAUUUUAUAUUGUUACAUUUUUAAGGAUCCCUAAAGUGACUUUUUUUGGGGGGGGGGGCUUUUCCAUGCCCAACUUCCGACGGUCUGCUACAGUCGUUAUACACUGCCGCUUUUUAGACCCUGCCAAUAAGUCUCGCAAAUGUUUCCAGUGAAAUAUUUUGUUAAGUGCGCACAAAGUAGAAAUGGGAAAAGACUCUCUGCCAAUUCCAGUAUCGCAAGUCAGCGAUUUGGUGCUGUCUUAAUGUGCAAUGCACAUUUAUUUUGCGCCUUCUGUUUACGGAUGCUCGUCGCGACGCUUCUCAAUUAAGAGGAUUGGCCUCGACGGAGCCGCGGAAGCGCCGCUCGGCUAACCGUGAAGGGGGUCCCAUAACUGGA